AAAUCUCGUAGAAGCCCCCCGAGGCGAGGAGAAAAAAAACGAAGGUCCGUCGAGUAAGACUCUCCUCCCUGAGGCUGGGAUCCCGGCGGCCGGCGCCGCGACGCUGUUCGGCAGCCAUGGACUCCGGGACAGGAAGCUCCGCUGAUCAUAUUCGUGACGCGUCUCUACCUGGUUGCGCCCGUAACGGGUCCAAGGCGUCCAGGUCGCUGGUGGCGGUGGCGCAGACAAGGCGUUCGACGAAGUGCGUCCGUGGUUCGGAGGCACCAAGGCUUGACGAGGCGCCGGGUCCGCAGCACCGGCCUUGGGCGGACCUCCCACCAGACAUCCUCGGCGUCGUGGCCGGUCGCCUCGCCCUCUUGGAGGACCGCGCCAGGCUGCGCUCCGUCUGCCGAGGGUGGCGUGCUGCAGCGCGCAUCCACCGGCGGCUGCCGCCGUGCCCGCCCCUGCUGGUGCUGUCAGACUUCUCGUUCUUCAGCUUCCGUUCCGAAGGGACCCUGAUGGGUGCGUGUCGCCGCGUCCCACUGCCGGGAAGGGAGACAGCGGGGUCUGGCAACGUCCGCUGCGUGGGCUCGUUCGAGGGGUGCCUCGUGGGCGUGAAGAACAACAAAAGUCGUUACUUUGGCGACCUCCGGUGCUUCCUGAUGAACGCUUUCUCCCAGGUUGUCAUCCGUCUCCCUUCUCCUUCAUGUCGUUCAGGAGCUGCACGCUCCGCCGAUACCUUAAGGACGUCCCUCCCCAUCAUCAUCAAUGGCUCUGGUGUGGUGAAUUGCGCAAUCAAUGCCGCACCGUGUGUCAUGUCAUUCAGCAAGGUCAUCUUAUCCUCCUCACCGGACUCCGGUUCCAAGUGUGUUGUGGCUGCCCUCUCCAACAUCAAGAGUGCCGCUAAGCUUGCUCUCUGGCGGUCUGGGAUGAAGUCGUGGUGCGUGUGUGAUGGUGCCUGGACUGCUGAUCUCAUUGAUAUUGUCUUCUGCCAGGGGAAGCUAUUCAUGCUCAGUUUCAGCAAAGUCACCACAGACCUCUUGGCACUUGAGAUCGCUGAUGACAACAGUGGCCUGAUGGUUUCUCGUGUUGCAUUUUGUGCAAUUGAAAGGCCAGAGGUCAGUGAUGGCUGUUGGAAGAAUAUUUGGGGCAUAGUAGAGUGGCGUGGAAAACUAUUAAUUGUUCAGAUCUGCCAUGGCAAUGAUGAAUUUGGGGAAAGCUUUGUUGAGGUUAAAGUAUUUGAGGCAGACUUGAGCAGAAAUCCUGUAAGAUUAACUGAGAUCGAGAGCUUGGAUGGCGACUGCAUCUUCAUGAGCCCAAGCAGCAGCAAGUCAUUCCGUUGUCAUUAUGGUGGAGGUGGAGGUGAAGGUGAUCUUAUCUAUAUCUUUUUGGGUCCCUCCCGAUUAGUCUACAACAUGAAAGAUGGUACUAUGGCACCAUUUGCUGCAGACAUACCAGAGGACAAACUUAGGGAAGCAGAUGGUAAACCGAUGAAUCCAGUAUGGUUAUUUCCUUCUGAAUGAACUUCUGCAUAUCAACUCUGUUAGUCUGAUCCUGUAAUGAGUCUUAACGUUAGAAGCACUGAUGCCAAUUGGGGCUAGGGGCCAUGAUGUUUUAUUUCUCAGAGCUGAAACAAGUUUUCUGUUGUUUUAUAUGGUCUGUUCUGAUGAUUUUUUAGUAGUAAACUUAUGUGUACUUCUUCUGUUUUCAAGUUCCAAUGUGGAUUUUUAUUGCAUUUGCACUCUUGCCUUGUGGGGGAGUCUACUAGUUCCUAUCUAGAUGAGCAUCGGUUUCAGAUUUGCUGGACAAUAUUAUGCUGAUGUUCCUCUAUACCAAAAUAUCUCUUGCAAUUCAUGGUUAUAGUGUGCUUGGUGUUUAUGGGCAGUUCGUGGAAUCCUAUCCUUAAAGUUGUUUUUGAAGGUAAUCGAAUGAAGAUAUUUGGAAAA